GACAUCCUGUCAACUCAAAACUAUUUGGUUACACCAUUGCUUCUUGACCAAAGCAGACCUCUGAGCAAGAACAGACCUCGUCGAUUUUCCUUGAUUGCUGAAUACCAUCUUGCUAACCUGGCUGAAAGUAGUGUAACAGUCGGUGCUGAUGAACUUGUCCAGCUCUUCAGUCUGGAUCCAGGACUCUUAGUAGGGAUUUGGUAGGAGAAAAAUGAAAUUGCUUUUGUUUUGGUGAGUCUUCAUUAUAAUCAACUCCUUGAGAGAAGCAUUUUGGGUUUUGCCACUGUUCAAUAUGUCCCUCCAGCUAAUAAACCUUUACUGGAUGAUAUUGUCCUGGAAUAUGGCCUGCAUGGUUAGAGUUUGCAUCUGGAUCUGCAUGGCAGAAGCUGCAGAUACCUGUGUGGAACUUUCAAGGGCCUCUUCUGCAGGAGAGGUGAUAUUGAAAAUGGGUACCUGAAGCUCACWGUUGUAGGCUUAAAGGAUAUUGGGAAGCACCUGCCUAUUAUUGGGACACUUGGCAUAUGCUGGGAAACAGAUGUGUUUAAAGGCGGUGUGAAGGACUGCUUCAUGAUGGAUUUGACUCUGUUGRAUGAAAGUGGAAAGCCCUCCUGGUGUUUUAGUACUCCAGUSCACAUGGAACUGUCUUCCAAGGCAUCUGGCCUUUUUGACUACAUGGGUCAUAUCUAUACUGCAGACUAUGCAGAUUCAGAGGGCAAAGUCUGUGUUGAGUUUGUAAGGUUGGAAGAAACCAGGGAAUAURUCAUAGUCAGAUUGGUGCUUUAUGUGAGCACCAUAAAGGUAAAUAGCUGGUAUGGAACAAAUUACUGA